UAAAGCAUUUGAACCGAUCUUCUUCAAUCCAUAAACCCUUCGCUCUCUAUUUUCCCCUUAAACCAACCAUCCAAAUAAAUAGAAAUUAAAAGAAAAAACCCGAAGAAAAUUCCCUUGCCUCGGAUUGUUCUUCGUCCUUCCUUUCUCUGUCAGAAAGAAAGGAAAAACCCUAAUAUUUUUCAUUUUGUAAAUUCUGGAGAAAUGGUUGAUGUAGCCGAUAAAUUGGCAUGUUUUCAAGCGGUGACGGGCCUCGAAGAUCCCGAUUUGUGUACGGAAAUCCUCCAGGCUCAUGGUUGGGACCUCGAACUGGCUAUCUCUUCUUUCACCUCUUCCAAUCAAUCCUCUGCUUCCACCAUUACCUCCGAUUCUGACCCUCGCGAUUCUCUUGACCCCACCCAAUCCGCAUCCAGUUCGGGUCUCGCUCCCGCUCCUAACCCCAGCAUAGCUUGGAAACUCGUUACAUUGCCCUUCUCUGUGAUAUCCGGUAGCCUAGGGUUAGUCUCUGGAGCUGUCGGGCUUGGAUUAUGGGCCGCCGGCGGAGUUCUUUCGUAUUCCCUUGGGAUGAUCGGCCUGGGACAGGGGCGGGGCGGGGAAUCAUCGGCACGAUUGGUCUCGGUCUCAGCUGCGGCUUCUGAAGCUAUGGAAUUCGUGGCGGCAUUUGAGAGAGACUACCCGACGACUAGGCCGAAUUUCGUCGGUGAGGGUUUCAUGGACGCCUUGCAGAGGUCAAGGAACUCCUUUAAGCUGUUGUUUGUGUACUUGCACUCGCCGGACCACCCAGAUUCUCCUGUAUUCUGUGGAAGGACCUUGUGUUCCGAGGCAGUGGCUGCCUUUGUGAAUGAGAAUUUUGUGGCGUGGGGCGCCGACAUUAGGGCUAGUGAGGGUUUUAAAAUGAGUAAUAGCUUGAAGGCAUCUAGGUUCCCAUUUUGUGCCGUGGUUAUGCCUACUACGAACCAGAGGAUUGCACUCCUUCAACAGGUUGAGGGACCAACAUCUCCAGAAGAAAUGCUCACGAUGCUGCAGAAAGUGCUUGAAGAAAGUUCUCCUGUUCUUGUUGCUGCAAGACUGGAUGCAGAAGAGAGAAGAAACAACAUGCGUUUGAGGGAGGAGCAAGAUGCUGCUUACAGAGCAGCACUUGAAGCUGAUCAAGCUAGAGAACGCCAGAGGAGAGAGGAGCAAGAACGUCUGGAAAGGGAGGCCGCCGAAGCUGAACAGAAACGGAAGGAAGAAGAAGAAGCUCAUGAAAGAGCAGCACGUGAAGCUGCUGAAAAAGAGGCUGCCCGGGCUAGAAUGCGAGAACAAAAAGCCUUAUCACUUGGUGAUGAACCUGAGAAAGGACCAAGUGUUACACAGGUAUUGGUACGGUUUCCCACAGGUGAACGCAAAGAAAGGAGGUUUCACAGCACGGCAACAAUCCAAUUAGUUUAUGACUAUGUUGAUUCAUUGGGUUGCUUAGAAGUUGAGGAUUACAGCCUUGUGUCCAACUUUCCUAGAGUUACAUAUGGUCGAGAUAAGCAAUCCCUGAGCUUGAAAGAAGCAGGAUUACAUCCUCAGGCCAGCCUUUUUGUGGAGCUAAACUAGUCUGAACUGAAGAAGGCUUGAUACUUGUCAUGUUGUAUGAUCUUAAAAGUUUUCUGCAAUUACUGAAGUAAAUAUUUUUAAUAUGCUUCUUGUUUCUAGUUUCAACAUAAUCAGCGAACCAUAAUUUGAGAUAAAGAUAGCAGGGACUCUGAAUUCUAUAA